UCGAAUGACACAAUGAAGGUCUCAUUGUACAUUAUUUUAAUAUCUAUCCUGCUCAGCAAGCACUAUGCGCUGUCGCACAUAAUCAGGAAACGUCAGCUUUUCCGUGAGCAAGUGCUACCGCAUGCCGGAGGCAAAAUACCAGACUCGGCGUUUCUGACCGACCGUUUGGCACUGAAUCGUCUGCAAAAGGAUGGCAUCGCUGUGCCGGACGGUGUGCUGCUGGAGCAACGCCAGUACCAGGUGUACCCGCAUCAACAUCGCGUGACGAGACCGACGUUCCGCGUUGUGCAGACACCGGACAACCGGUACACUUCACCGGAGGGCGAGUACAACCACAACACAUUGGCCACCGUCGAUACGACGUAUCUGAUUCCACACCCGAGUGACAAAUUGCUGCUGCAUGAUCAUCCCCAUCACCAGCUGCCGCAUUACGCCGCUCCGAAAGCACCGAUCCUGAAGGAGCUGCGCCUCCCCAACUAUGCAGUGUUCAAUUUCGAUUACAAAAAGAAGAAACACCCCAUCCCUGGGGUGCAUUCUCCGGCUUCGCUGAUCGCGUUCAAACCCCAUCCACUGAAACUGGACGGAGCCUGGCCCCAGAGAUUACCUCAAGAUUUUGUGAGCUUUCACGCAGCUGCAGGUAAUGGUCACAAUUACCCACCAGCGCACUCGUACGGAGGCGACAUUGUGGGCGCCGGGGGAGGUGCCAGCUGGCACGGGGGAUGGAUACCGUCGACGGGGGGUGCAUCUGUCGAGUCCUUUUUAUCGCAACCGCUCGGCAGUUUCGAGGACUAUUAUAGCCAGCUGAACGAUAAGCAUCGUUUCUACCGAAACGUGGCCGCUUCAAAGCCGACGGCAUUGGUCGGCAAGGGACCGGCAAUCCCGGCAGCGAAGCCUAGCGCCAUUUUGCAUCGGGGUCGUCAACGUGGCCAUCCGCAACGCUAUCAAGCUUAA